AUGGCACAAGCAUCCACUCCAACAGAGGAUAUACCUCUGGAAUAUUUUCCAGAACCCACCGAGGAAGACGAACAUCCAUGGUAUUCUGCAUUUCGCUUAGCUCUCGACAAGCCACUCCUCAGAAUCUGGGAUUCCCACUCGACGGUCAAGCCAACAUCAAAAAACCGCCUUUAUUCAAGAGAUCAAAUCAAAAGACUAGACACUUUCGAGGCCCGGGCAAUAUCGUUAUCCAUCCACGCCCACAAUUCCCGGGCUCCCACACCGUUCAUCUCAUUCACUACAUCCGCAGGAGCUGCACGGAGACUUGCCCAAAAAAUGCCCCAGAAGAGAGGCUCUCAGAUGCUUACGGUUAUCAAUCCCAGGGUCCGAAGGGCCAAGGGUCGAUACCUUCUCAGUACGGUUGAUGAAAUGUGCUACUACGGGGUAAGGAAGCCAUACCGGACGUUCUAUCGGGACUAUCAAGAUGAAUUCCUCUGCCUUUGGGUGGUUGGAGAAGAAGAGAUUGUUGGACAUUGGAAAUGGGAUAAGCUCGUUGAGGAGAAGGGUUGGUACCAGGCCACCAUCCUGCCUGCGUUUAGAAAGCAUGAUAAAAGAUUUACGGCACAUCUCUCGCCAAUCUCUCUAUCAGUUUCAGUGGAAGUCUGUUCCGAUACAUCUUCGAGUGCUGAGAUGAUAUCAAGAGGGCAGACCAAAGGGUGGGAAGAAGGCAACUCCCUUGAUUCAGAAAUCUCUCCUGAUCAGCAUCAGGACUUGUCGAGUGAGGGAUAUAGCGGGUCAUUAGAGGAUUAUAGUGAUCCGGGCGACAGCUACUACGAGAAUGAGGCUAACUCAAUCGGUUUCUUGCUCAACGCUUCCGAGGAGGAUUAG